UAGCCGCCGCCUCCUGCCCGCGUGUAGCCCCGCUCCUUCCUCGCCUCGCGGCUCCCCUCCCGUAACCCUACCCCCUCCUCUCCUCUGUGCCGCCGCCGUCGUCGCCAGUCCUCCUCCCCUCACACCGCGCCCGCACGGCCCUCGAGGCGAUGCGCCGGAUCCAAUCCGACCAUGCCGCCCUGCGAUGCGACGGCGAGUGGGCGCCUGCCCUCCCCGUCCGUGAGCUCGUCCCCAGGGACGUCAUGCAGUGAGUGGGCGAGAGCAGGUGAAGUGAAGGCUCGAAGCAGGCAAGCGGCCGUGACUCGAUGGGGUGCGAGGCGGAGGCGGAGGAGCACGUCUCCGGUCUCCCCGAUUCCGUUUCGGUGGUGGCGUGAGGGGAUCUGCCGACUGGCCGAGCAGGGCAGCAGGCGACGACGACGACCAAGGGAGAAGCCGAGCAGGGCAGCAGGCGAUGACGACGACCAAGGGAGAAGGGGAACGGCGCUGCGGCAUCCGGAAGGCACGCGGCCACAACCCCGUCAAGCUAGCGCGCCAUAUCGCGCUCCAGUGGACGGGAGGAGCCAGGUGCCGUCGAGGGGAGGAGCCAGGCGGAGCGCGCCGUCUCGAUUGGUUGCGCUCUGGGCGACACCAACAGCUCGCUCCAUUGGCUCGAUAUGGUGCUCCUGCAGUAGAUCGACGAGGAGGGCGCCACCACCACUGUCAUCAGGCCGGCCCGCAUCCACGCGCUGCACCAGGCUUUUUCUUCGCCUCUACUUCCAGCGACCACACCGGCCACAGAUGGUUCACACGGUCAUGUCUGCAGCUUCAGAAGAGAUUGCAGAUCAUAAGAUCGCAAGGCUAAUUGGUUACCGAUUCUUUAUCUUUGAGGUUUACCAGGGGCACUUUGCAGCAUAUGUUUUUUGCAGGUGUGUUGUUCGUAUACUGGUUACUGAGAAUGGAUUGACAAGGGGGGGGGGGGGGUCCUAUUCUGGCCAACGUCCUUUCGGUCAGCCACAUCCCAGGCUCCUGCAGUCGUCUUCUUUGCAUGACGGCGUGGUGUCUCGACGCGUGAUGGAUUCACUCACACGGAGGUAGCUUUUCUCCGCUACUCGGGCGACGGGCAUACAAGCUUUUGGGUCCAUGACGCCACCGAUAAACAAGGUAUGUCUUGUUCCGUUGAUUGAUCAGUUCAUCUUACUUUUAAAAUUCUUAUGCUCUGAUUUGCUCAAAUUCUAUCGAGACAAUGGUGGAAAUCAAAUUUAUUUAUUUUGAAUGCAUGCCAUUUCUCCCUGAUCAUUAGUUCAUCUAACUUGAAGAUGUAAACCUGGUGGCGUUUAAUCUUUUUCCAUAGACCAGGCAUUUGGGAGUUUAUUGCAAGCUAUACCAUCUUGAUGCGUAAUUGCAGAUUGUGUUCUUGCUAUAAUUUUUUAUUACUUCUGUGUUUUAUAAUAUUCCAUGUAAAUCAGAAUAUCCUUGAUGUACAUUCCUUGAUUUUUUUAAUGUUAGGGGCCAAUAUAUGUAUCCUUAAUUAGUUCUGCCUCUGUACAGUGUAGAUGAUAGUAACCCUUUUAUGUAUAUAUUUAUUUUGACUCUAGCUCAGGUCUGUGCAUUAUAUAAGGAGUUGAAUUUGUCGGUUUAAAAUAUUUGUGCUAUCAAUCCUUUCUGUCCUUCUAGACAAAAAAGUUAUUAGCUUUGAUUUUUUUGCUAAUUUAGAAUAUUUCUGCUAUCAUCAGUGUAGAUCGGAAGGGUUAUGAGCUCAACAAGAAAUGGACUGUAUAGUGAAGGCCUUUAACUAAUAAGUACAGAUUGUUUUUUUAUAGAAAACACAAGUAAAGAUUAUGUGAGGUGAUUUAUCCAUUUUUGGAGUUCCCUCAUUAGUGUAUCCCUCAUUGUUAAUUGGUAUGCCUAAUUGCUAUGAUUUUUUAGCCAUUUUUAUGGAAAACACAAGUAAAUAUUAUGUUUGGUUUCCCAUAUUCUUUACCUGCUUAAUUGGUAUGAAUUUUUUCAAUGUCAGAUUACUAUUCACACCUGUAUGAUUUUCGUCGAAGUAUGAUGGUUAGCUUGAAUUAGUGUCAUCUUGGUUAUGUGUCGUUUUUCUUUUGAUCAUUUUCUCACAUUCUAACACUAUUUUGUGUGUGCGUGUGCAGCCUAAUGUGUUUUGCAAGGGCAGAUCUUGGUGAUCAGGAGUAUUAGUAGCUAUCCCAUGUUCUUUGUUCUCAUAUUAGCUCACAGAUAGGUUGUCGACAUGAGUAAUUACUCUCUAAAAUAACAGUUUUGUGGUGUGCUAAGCCACUAUUGCUAUACAAGGAUUAUCAAGAAAAUUUGCUCUAGCAUGUACACUUUGCAGUCAAGUCUAAUGAAAGUAAUUAAGAUGAAGCAAUUUCUUGAUUUUCUUAACCUGGAGCUUUUACCAUCUCAUCAUCGGAUCAUUAUUACAGUAGCAUCCAGUCAAAUAUUUGUUUCUAUAUGUAUAUUUGAAGUCUAUUAAAAAACUAAAAACAUUGAAGGACCGGCAAGCCUUUUGGUAUUUUUGUCAAAUCUUUUAUUAUCCACAAUAGGAUAUCUAAAUUCAGUUAUUCUUUAAUCUCAAAUUUUUGAGAAGGCACUUUGUUUACCUUGGUUUGUUAUCUUGUGUUAUGCGCUACUAAAAGAUACGAUCCUAUCUAAGAUGAGGAUAUGCAUAGGAAGGGAGCAAUUUAUUGUGUAUGUAACAUUAUCUUCAAAAGAAAAUUACAAUUACUUAUAUAUGCACAUGGGCAUGGUGGUUCUCUUUUUGCAGCUCCUUAGGGAGGAGGGGGUGUGGAUGUGCUUGCAGAGUAAAAGGCAAGAGUGACACAUUGCUCGGAGUGCUCCAAGACUUCCACAGUGACUCCGAGAAGUUCCAACGCCCAUCCGAGCUCCUUCUUUUGGUGAUGUCAGCCGAUGACUUUUCUCAACACUGCAGCAUAUCCAUACAUUGCAACACCAAGCAAAUUGGAUGACAAGGCCGUUAGACAAAGCUAUCGAUCUAAUAGUCAACUGUAGUUUAUUACUAUGCCGUAUAAAGUAUAAAGGCAGUAUAAGUAAGUUUUCUGGGCCUACCACUAUUAUGGCCUACUUUUGGUACAUCAGAUUGAAUCUCCAUGCUUUAGGUAUCUCAUGUUAUAUUUUUGAACAAAUGCACCAGCGACAUGUAAUAAGCAUUGAACAAAUGCACUAGAGACAUGUAAUAAGCAUUGACCUAUUUGACCACCACUGCUAUAACUAUAUAUCAUCUUCAACUCUUUUGAA